UCCUCAUUUCCACCAUUUGAAUAAGUAACAUAUAUCCCCGCCGGCGCCGGCGCCGAGCUCCCUGUAACAGGGGCUGCGCCACCGUGAGGGAUCCAUGUCAGGCGACCACGAGCGCCAGGAGGAACACCCACUUCCGCCGCCGGCGAAAACGCCGCCCCUUCUACCGCCACUCGCGGCUUCGUCGUCCUUGUACAAACAGAACACGUGGUCCCCGGAGACUUUCCGCGACGAGGUGUGGCAGCGGCGGAAAGAGAACCACGGGAAGCACCUGAAGCGGCGGAGCAAAAGCGUCACCGAUGAAGAUCUCAACGAGCUGAAGGCGUGUAUCGAACUCGGGUUCGGGUUCGAGUUGGACUCGCCGGAAAUGGACCAACGCCUCUCCGAGACUUUCCCGGCCUACAGCCUCUUCUACUCCGUCAACAAGCAUCUCAACGACACCGUUUCAAAGACCGCCAACGCCUCCGAUUGCGACACCGCCUCCUCCGUCGGCAGCCCCGACGCCAUGUUCGCCCCCGGAGAACGGCCAGAGAUUGUGAAGACGAGGUUGAAGCGAUGGGCUCAAGUGGUUGCCUGUUCUCUGCGUCACUCUUCCAACUAACGUACGGUGAUGAUGACGACGACGAAUGAUCAGUACAGUGUAACCAAUUAAAGACAGGUUUUUUGUUUUGUUUUUUUCGAUAAUGUUUGUGUUACAAAUUGAUGAUGAUGACGAUGAUUUGCCAUGUCUUUUCUUAUGCUCUCUAUCGUGUUCUUACUCCUUUUU